AUGCAACACGCGGGGACAUGUGCUGGACUGACCCAAAUGUUCGACAAAAAAUUGAAAAGGCCAGGCAGUGGUGUCGUUUUAAAAAUAUGAAUAACGACAGAAUCACAAAAACAAUCCACAACUGGUCCUUAACGCAACCACGAUCAUGGGACUCUAAGGUUAAGCUGGAAUUACAACAGGAAAAAGCUGAUCACUUUUUAACGGAUGACCAUAUCCCAUCAGUGAAAUAUGAAAUUAAAAAGUAUAGAUCUGACUUAAACUCAAAACAACAUAUAACUUGGCACAAUUCCAUAUGGAACGACUCCAGGAACCAGGAAAACGGAAAUAAGCUAAGGACAUAUCGGCUCCACAAGGUACACAAAACAGAGCCUGAACACUAUCUUCGCAUUAGCCUUAACAGAUAUGAACGUG